AUGGCGCGGCAGUACGAGAUGCAGCGUCUGCAUCGGCGUCGAUUGAACCUCGAUGCUCUCGAGGAGGCCCUACACGCUGUACUAGUAACAGCUACCAGUAUACGGUAUCUCUACGGCAACGAGAACAACCUGCAGGUCGAGAAUGGAGCCGAUGGAACUACGACAGCUCCUUGUGUCAAGGCUUUCCUUCGUGACAUACGAAGUUACGCAGCUAGUUGCUCGGCAGCUGUGCGUCAAGUUCCCAUGGGGCUGGACAUUGCUGAUAUUCCACCGCGCUGGCAGUGGAUCUCUUACUAUGACUGUGCCGUUGACAACGACGAGAACUCGCGCGCUGAAUGGAUGGGCUUCAAUCCUUACGUCGAGUGCGAUCCAGCCACUCACACGAAAUACUCGCAGUCUAGUGGUUUGAAGACGCUGAUGGACGAAUACGCCGAGGUGAAAUAUGCUCGUCCUCUCAUGUUCGGCGAGUUCGGCUGCAACAAGGGUGAGAACACCAUCGACGGCUACGAAAACCAGCGCGAGUUCUACGACGAAUACGAUACUGAUAUCGCAUUGAUGCGGGCGAAAUGGAUGAAUGAGGAGCCUGAGAUGACUGCUGAGAUCGUAGGAGGCAACGUGUUCGAGUUCACUACGGAGAUCGCCAACUUGGUCGACAAGUCCGCCCUGGUGAAACCUGCCGACGCUGGCAAAUACGGUGUGGGGUAUUUCCAACCGGACGACUGCGACCAUGACACGACCCCGUGCGAGUUCACGCCCUACCCGACAACCUCAAGAAGGCAUACACUACGACCAAGAUCUCGACCGUCACGUACGACAGCUACACUCCGUCUCGAACUAAGAUCCCAAGUCCAUGUCCACGGAUCUCCCGCCGAUGCCAAAUGGUACCGUCUGUCUGUUUAA